CGGGCCGCGUCCGGGCGCGCCCUCCUCGUGACGCACAUCCGGCGCGCGGCGGAGUGACGUCGCGCACGGGAUGUGACGUCACGGCCCCGGAAAAAGGGAACGCGGGAGAUGCGGGCGCUGGCGCUGGCGCGGUGGGUCCGCGCCUGGAGGGUCCCCGCCCGGGGACACAGCGGGCACGGCGGGCACGGCGCGCACCGGCCCCCGCCGCAGCAAAAAGUGUCGGUGGAAGUGCUGGACCACCUGGAGCACCUGGCCCUGGUGGAUUUCCGUGACUCGGAGGGCGUGGAGCGGCUGCAGAAGGCGAUCGAGUUUGCUGACCAGCUUCAUGAAGUGAACACUGACGGCGUGGAACCCAUGGAUUCAGUCCUGGAGGACAGGUGUCUGUACCUCAGAGAAGACGAUGUGACAGAAGGCAACUGCACCAAAGAGCUGCUGCAAAAUGCCAGAGAGAAAGUAGAGGAGUAUUUUGUAGCCCCACCAGGUAACAUCCCUUUACCAAAGCUGGAGGAACGAGACACUUUUCUGCAGGGCUCUUAGUGACAGCCCAGAGCCCAAACACCCUUUCACUAUUUUAUCUGGGAAAAUGAAGUUUUGUGCAGUCACAACUGAAAUACCCUGACCUGUGUUUUGGUCAAAAGAAGAGCACUUGCAAGACAACUUACAGAAGAGAGAAGGUGUAAAAGUUUAGUAAUGCUACUGAAAUACUCAAUGUCUGUGAAGCUGGAAGGCAGAUGACCUUAGUGCUUUUGUUUAGCAAAAUUAAUUUCAUGUUAUUCUUGAAGAUACCGAAUGGCUUAAAGGCUUUAAAGAGAACAUUCACAGGUAAUGAUUAAAAACACCAUUUUUCCUCAACAACUUUGUUGGGGAAACGAGAGGUUGGAAGGCUCUAUUUUUGUAUUUCUCACCUGUAGCUCAACUCUGGCUCUGACCUGUCAGAAGUAACAGAGUCUGGUGUGGAGGAGGAGUCUGUGACAUUGCUGAGUAUCUCUGGGACAUAUGGAACUCAGGGUUUCAUUAUUGAAGAAAAGGACUUUGAGAAGACUAAUCAAAUAUUUUGCCUGUACUGAAUUAUUUCCAUUUUAUCUCUGUUCUCCAUGUCUAUCUGGGUUACCUUCUGUUUCCCAGUCUGUAUUUCUAUCCUCAUAAAUUAAAUAACUGGAAUUGUACAUAAUUUGAGAAAAACACAAAAAUAUGUGUUCUAAAAUAAAAGGUGCUUGCAAAGAAGUAGCACAGCUCCAAGAACAAAAUGAGCCCCCCUGACUCUGACUGGAGAGGCCAGGAGACCAUCACAGGAGGAGGUGCUGUGUAACAUAACAUUGUCACUGUCUCAUCCUGGCAGAGGAUUCUGAGGCUUCCUCAUGGAAUCUCCAUCACUUAGAAGCAAGAUAAGCCAAGGCUCACUGAGAGAAACCAGAGACCUGCUGAAAGAAAAAUACUGCAGCAAACUAGAACCAGAUAGUCCACACCACUCACUUUCAGGCCAUAAGGGGCACAGUAAAAGGUUGAAAAACAAAUGUGUUUUCCUGGGUGGUGCCCUGUCCACAUACAUAUGGAUUUAAUAAUCCAUAAUUAUUUAUUCCAGUUGUAACUCCAUGCAUUAAAAGAGAUUGUAUGGAAUUGUCUUCAGAAGUGCUGGAAAAGGCUGAAAAAUCACCAGUUCUGAGUCUGCUCUUGUGGCUCUUGAGAGCCCAACAGGAGAAGGAAAGUGGCUCCUCCAUGGCUGUGCUGGCACACGUUUCCCCUGGGGGCAGAAACUCACCUUGUGACAUCGUGAGGUGGAUGACUGCUCUUGAGGGUACAAAGAAAUGGGAGUCCUACCAACCAGUAUUUGAAAACCUCUUCUAAGUCAUCCUGUGCUGUUUGCUAUGGACGUGGUUCCUGUUAUUAACAGAUCACCAGCUCUGGAAGACUCAACAGCGAUGUUUUAUCUGCUGACAAGAGCAUAAGCAGAAAGUGCCCCAGGGAGAGUGAAACUAACUAAACAGAGCACUCAGGAUCUCCCAAAACAUCUUGCUUCAUUUAAACAAACAAACAAAAAAACCCCCCAAAACCAACCAAGCAAAACAAAACCCAAACCAAACACAAACAAAAUGUGGCAAGAGUGGCAAGAAACGGUGAGCUCUGCAAAAGAUGCCAUAAAAGAGACUUGAGAAGUCUGAUAGGUUCAGUUCACUUCAUGAACAAAGUUUGGAGCUGACUUGAUCAUACUCAGUAAACAUGGGUAAGAGAUUUCUCUGAGGUCAUUUACUCUGAAUUGAAAACAGCUGAAAACAGACACAUGAUCAGGACAUGGUCAGAACAGGACAGAUGAUCAAGUGCCAUUUACAAGCUAUGGAACUCCUUCCUUUGACAGGGGUGGGCUUUGCUCUCAGUAAAGGGCAUAUUACUGAAAAAACUA